AUUGUUUGGGAUAGUAUUGGCGAAACGUUGGUAAACAGUCUUCAAAAGUUGCAAAAUAGGGCCGCUCGUGUUAUUACAGGUGCUUCAUACUCGAAACAUUCAGCUGAUAUUCCGCAUGAACUUGGAUGUCUCUCACUUAGUGAAAUGAGACAACAUCAAAUGGCAUUAAUGAUGUUUAAAGUAAAUCAUGGCCUCUGUCCCUCUUAUUUGUCUCACAUGUUUGACGUUAAUACAAGCCGGCUCAGUUAUGACCUCCGCUCUUCCGGAAUGAAUUUAAUAGUGCCAAAAGCAAGAACAAACUAUUUUAAGAAUAGUUUUGCUUCUGCAGGCGCUAAGCUCUGGAAUUCUCUUCCUUCCAGUUUAAAGGAAGAGACUUCUUUAAAACAAUUCAAGGCUAAGAUCAGGUCGUAUUUGCUAUCUACACAAGCCUCAUAA